AUGGGGUUCCCAACCGACCCAGCAACGUUUGAACAGGAUGACCGCAUCAGCUGGUCCAAGGCCGACAAUUGCUGGAUACUUGAAACAGACGACCGAGAGUUUCAGUAUGAUACGGCUCUCAAGCGAUGGGUCGAGAACAUCGACGAGGACCUUAUCCGCCAGCAGCAGCAGACGUACCAGUUCAAGGGUGUGACCGAGACCGAGGCCACUCACCCGCGUGAGCGCAAGCAGAAGAAGCGCAAGGAGAUGCAGGAACAGGCCGAGGAGCAGCCCAAGGCUAAGAAACAACGCGCCAACACCGCUGUCUGGGUCACGUCGAUUCCGCUCGACGCCACUCUGGAUGAAAUCCACGCGACCUUUGCGAAAUAUGGAAUGCUGGCCGAGGAGCUUGAUACCGGAAAGCCGCGGAUCAAGAUGUACAACGAUGAUGACGGAAACUUCAAGGGGGACGCCCUGGUCGUGUAUUACCGCCCCGAGUCGGUUAACCUUGCUAUCAACAUGCUCGAUGACACCGAUUUCCGAAUGGGUAUCCCUGAUCCCUCUGGGAAGAAGAUGCAGGUUCAGGAGGCCGAUUUCGCCUACAAGCGUGAACAAACUGCGCCGACAAAGAUGUCUCGCCAGGAAAAAAAGAAGAUCCAGGAAUUGCGUGAGAAGAUGGAGAGGCGUCUCGCUGAAUGGAGUGAUGAUGAACAGUAUGCGGAUGUGAAGAGAAAGCCAACAGAGUCUGAUAAGCACAUGGUUUUGAAACACAUGUUCACACUGAAAGAACUGGAGGACGACCCCACUGCCAGACUUGACAUUGAAGAGGAUAUUCGCGAGGAGGCCUCCAAGAUUGGUGAGGUGACUAAGGUGGUGCUUUACGACGAGGAACCCGAGGGCAUUGUCAAAGUCCGAUUCACCGAUCCAGCCGCUGCAGUCCGUUGUGCCAAGGCUAUGAAUGGCCGCAAAUUCAGUGGAAGCCCUGUUGUGGCAUACAUCUGGGAUGGGAAAGAGAAGUUCCGCAAGUACAACGCCCGUCGCGCCGAGUAUGAGAAAACCGCAGCUAUGGACUCUGGGGAGAACGACGAAGCCGAGAUCAAAAGACUUGAGAAGUUCGGAGCCUGGCUGGAGAGCGACAAGACCCAGCCGCAGAACAAGACGGAGGACGCUACCCCGGAAAAUCGCGAGAACGACCAGGAGGGCGGCAAGGACUAG